CUUUUUUCCCCUAUAACAUGGUUGGACCACAAGAUUGUACGUAUUUCAUACUCAAAUUAUGAGUCAAUGGAUGCCUUACUUAAAUCCUUCGAAUCAAAGUAAUUAAAGGAUACUGAACUAACAUUAGGAAAUUAUUAAACUCAGUUGUUUCUCUCUUUAUGAUGCGCCUUACACCCAUAUCCAACCUUAUGGCAAAACCAAGCUUCCUCCCUCCGUUUAUGUUUGGGCUGCUAUUUGCAACCUUUGAGGUUAUUUUGUCUGCAAAAUAUUCUAGCUUCACCGUUGAUCAAUCUGCUCUUCUAGCACUAAAAUCUCAUAUAACUCAUGAUCCUCACAAUUUCUUGGCAACCAAUUGGUCUACUUCUACCUCCGUUUGCAACUGGAUUGGAGUCACAUGUGGUUCUAGGCCCCACAGAGUCACUGCUCUGAAUUUGUCAAGCAUGGAUCUCACAGGCACCAUUUCUUCUCAAUUGGGAAAUCUAUCUUUCCUUGCUUGGCUCGACAUUCAUCAAAAUAGUUUCCAUGGCUCUUUACCCAUUGAGUUAACUAAUUUGCGUCAGAUGAAAUAUUUGGACUUUGGUAACAAUAGCUUCAAUGGAGAAAUCCCAUCAUGGUUUGGUUGCUUAACUAAACUUCAAAGAUUGUCUCUGUACCUUAACAACUUCAUUGGUGUUAUCCCAUCUACUCUAGGCAAUUUGUCAAAACUAGAAAGGUUGACCUUGGCUGGGAAUCAAAUUUCCGGUAGAAUUCCAAAUAGUUUAUUCAAGUGCAAAGAGCUGAAGUUUUUAUCAUUGUAUAAAAACUCCUUGGAGGGAAGUAUACCUACAGAUAUUGGAAAUUUGACUUUGCUCGACAGUUUGUAUCUUGGUGACAACCACCUCAAAGGUCAUCUUCCAUCAGGAGUAUUUGAUAACCUUUCAAAAUUGCAAGUACUCAGUUUAGAAUCAAAUCAGAUUUCUGGUAAAAUUCCAAAUAGCUUAUUCAAGUGUAAGGAGUUGAGGGUUUUAUUAUUGGUUAACAGCUCUUUGGAAGGAAGUUUGCCUCUAGAAAUUGGGAAUUUGAGUAUGCUCCAAUAUUUGUAUCUUGGUGCCAAUAACCUCAUAGGUAAAAUCCCAUCAACUAUUGGAAACUUGACCACUCUCGAAGUUCUUCAUCUUUCCAAUAACAGCUUAUCAGGUGAAAUUCCGCUGGUUAUUGGAAACCUUACUUCUCUCGUGCGCAUCAGUCUUGAUAAUAACAACUUAACAGGUGAAAUUCCUCCUGUUAUUGAAAACUUGAGUUCUCUCGAACACUUUUUCUUAAUAAUAACAAAUUGACAGGUGAAAUUCCAUCGGUUAUUGGAAACCGUACUUCUCUCAUGUUCAUCAAUCUUAGUAAUAACAACUUAACAGGUGAAAUUCCUCCUGUUAUUGGAAACCUUACUUUUCUCGAGGCCUUUGAUAUUUCUAAUAAUCGCUUAAUAGGAAACCUGGGUUUAUGUGGGUUGCCAUUAUCAAAUAGAUGUGAUAAUGAUGAGAACACUACAACCAAAUUUGAUGGAGAUGAUGAGGAAGAAUUGGAUUGGAGAUUUUCUAUAUUGAUGGGAUACGGAUGUGGGUUGGUGCUGGGAGUGAGCUUGGGAUACACUGUACUCACAACUGGAAAACCAUGGUGGUUGGUUAAGAUCAUCGAGAGAGUUCAACAAAGAUUUGCAAAAAGGUAGAGAAGCGAACUCUUUAGCGGCUUUUUUCUUUUCUUUUACAAAUUAAAUAAGUUUCGGACAGAGUAGAAAACUUCAUUGUUUCGUGGUAUGCAAGCCAUUCUGUAUAGUUGUUUUAUAAUUGUGUUGACCUUCUGCUUUAUUGUAUGUUGUGUUGUUUGUAAUAUGUUUUCCUAGUGUUUCUUGUGAUGCACUAGAUUAUAAAUAUUGUCUUAAUUGGUGCCUUCUAUGUGUUUUCACAUCUUUUUAACAAAA